AAACAAUAGGCGUGGUUUCCAAGAAUCCUGAUCUCACUUAUCGUCCAGAAUGAGGAAGCUUCAAAACGAAAGUUAAAUCGAAGAGGGGAGAAGCCAUAAGCGAUGGAAGACCUAAAAAGGAUCCGUAGUGGAUUUGUGGGGAAAGUCGGACUCCCAGCUUUGAAAGGUCUGCUGGAUGACCUUUGGCAGCACAAAGUGUUGAGUACCGACGACAAGGACACUGUGUUGGAGGACCAUACGAGCAGAACAGACCGGGCUCGGUGUCUGAUCGACAUGGUGAUGGCGAAAGGGGAGAGAGCAAGUCUGGCGAUGAUUGAUUGUAUGUUGGAGAGGGACCGGGAACUAUACCUCACCCUGGGUCUGAUCCUUCCUCCCAGCCCUACUGAUCGUGUGGAUCUGACCUCGAUGGAAGACCUAAAAAGGAUCCGUAAGGGAUUUGUGAAGAGAGUCGGACUCCCAGCUUUGAAAUGUCUGCUGGAUGACCUUUGGCAGCGCAAAAUGUUGAGUACCGAAGACAAGGAUACUGUGUUGGAGGACCAGACGAUCAGAACGGACCGGGCUCGGUGUCUGAUCGACAUGGUGAUCGCGAAAGGGGAGAGAGCAAGUCAGGCGAUGAUUGAGUGUAUGUUGGAGAGGGACCGGGAACUAUACCUCACUCUGGGUCUGAUCCUUCCUCCCAGCCCUACUGAUCGUGUGGGAAGCCUUUUGGCUGGAUCUCAGGAGGUUAAAGCAUCGUAUAAAGGAGUUUCCCCAACAGAGACGAAGGGCAGUACCUCUGAACUCAUCCUCAGCUCUGAGCAGUUCAAGACAGAGAAGCUGAAGGAGAGAGAUAACAUAUACGCCGUCAUGGCCCCAGCCGACAGGACGCGCAUGGCUCUGCUGAUCACCAAUGUGCACUUUGACAAUGGGAAACAUCGGCAUGGUGCUGAGAAAGAUGAGGAGGAUAUGAGCAAACUGCUGAUCUCACUGGGAUACAACGUGGAGCGUCACAGAGACCUCAGCGGAGUGGAGAUGGACGAGGCCGUCGAAAGGUUUUCUAAAGACCCCCGUCUGGCCGCGACAGACUCUGUCUUUGUGGUCAUCAUGUCCCAUGGGGUGAAGGGAGCCAUUUUAGGCGUCCAUCACUGCGAUGGAGUCCCCGACCAGUUCCCCAUUGACAAUAUCUACAAACACUUGGAUACGAUUCGUUGUCCAAAACUGCUCAACAAACCCAAAGUCAUCAUCAUCCAAGCCUGCAGAGGAGUGGAUGAUGGCUCUGCGAUAGUCUGCGAUGGGCCUGGGUCUUUCCCAGAGCAGGCCCCGGUAGUGCAGGUGGAUGCGGCCCUCCCACCUCACCUGGCAGAUGAAGUGGACGCAGACAUCGAGGAGGAUGCUAUUCACAGGGUGCACAAAGAAAAAGACAUGGUUUCACUUCUGUCCUGCACCGCCGACACGGUGUCGUAUAGACAUAAAAGCCAAGGUUCUUUUUUAAUCCAACACCUUGUGGAGAUCUUCAAGCGCCACGCACACGAGGACCACAUCGACGAACUCUUCAGAAAGGUCCUGAAGCGUUUUGAAGAUGAACCACCUUCAGCGAGUGUAAGACAGAUGGCUGUCAGAGACCGAUGCACCUUAACCAAACAUUUUUACCUCUUCCCCCGUCCUAAGAAUCAGGCUCCACAAUGACGGAUGGGAAAUGGUUUCAACACUGUUGCAUAAAGUGGUGUCGGGAAAACGAACUGAAACCUUGAUCCCACAGCUAAUAUUGCUGAAGGUGCAGUCACAAUAAUGACCUAUUAGCAUAUGCUACACGUGAACCUCCUAAAAUGGCGCAAUUUGAUUGGUUCGCUAUCUCGGGAUAUUAGGCAAUAUCCCAUAAUUGAGAUCUCAAACUCGGGAUAUUGUAUUGCGUGCGUGAUGGUCAUCUCGUAACGCUAAUAAAAACAAAUAAACCGCUAAUAAUAGAUAAUACCUGGAAAAAAGUAUUAUUAUAUUUAGAGUAAAUUAAAUUAAUGUAGAGUGUUCACGUGUAGUAUAUUCACUAUUCACUUCGCUUUCGGCGAAUAAUUGUUAAAUAUGAGUUUUUAUCUUACAGGAAAUCAACUAACAUCCUAUACUUUCCCUCCAAUUAGAAUAAAACCAUUGUAUUACAUAGAUAAUCUUGAAAAAUAGUGGGAUAACUGUACCUACAGAGAUUCUUAUUUUCUUACACAACGGUAAAUUCCGACCAAGUCAUUUGAUUGGACAAGAGGCAUUCCAUGAGUGCUAUAUAUAUAUAGAGUAUAACAGCACUGGGAUUUUUAACUAUAAAUGUAUCACUCCACUUUCAGGUGUUCUAACAACCGUUAAUGUUAUUAACGGUCUUUAUGUAGCUUAGAUUGCUAGUGUGUUUAUGUGUUGCUGGGCACCAUUUCAGUCCCAGUCCAGUUGCGGAUCUAUUUGUGUUGGCGGAGCCAAAUAAAUCCUUAAAUAAACAGACAAAUCCUUAUCUGUUGCUGCUUAUUACUGUUAACUAAUAAAGGGUGCAUAUCAGAAGGGCUAUCGUUUGGAAGAUUAUCUGUUUCCCUCCUCACCUCACAGAACCAGUUAUUUGGUUCUAUUUUCCCUAUCCGCCCAUGUCGAUCAGUUGAUCACUCCCUGCCCUGCCCUGCCACAACUAGUUAAGACAGACCUGUGACCACACCCCUUUCCUUUGUUCAGAGACACUGAACACCUUGAGAGCUGUGAGCCUCUGAACCACUUGUUUGCGUAUACUGAGCAAUGAGAGUUUGUUUUGUGGACAAUGACUUUUGUUAUGUGGUCGUAUAGGCUUGUUAAACGAUUUAUUAACAGAAUUGUGGCCAUGAAUUUUGGAGCUCAUUGUUGUACUUUAUGUUUGCUUCCUAGGAACCACACACAUCCUAGCUAACUACCUACCUCCAAAUCCUACCUAACUACCUACCCAUCACACCUUAGCUACACACACUAUCAUCCUAUAUACCUAUCUUCACAGUAUCACCCUACCUAGCUACCUACUACACACAUCCAUACAUUCCUGCUCGCACCAUUGGAAAAUAAAGUCCAUAAACCUUGUAA